AUGGAAAUUCCAUGCAAACCAUCUUCAGGUGAGUCGCAGUGUUCGAGUUCCCAUCCUGUGUCGGUGGAAAAACCGCUCCUUCACAGCAUUCAGAGUUGCACUGCUGAGGAGGAUGAAUCGGAAUUAAUUGACACGACAUCGGCCUUACUCUCACCAAUUCCCAAGUCAGAUCUGCUUGUCAACCCACCCGUUGCAGAGACUAACACUACACCACAAGCGACUCGACGCAUUUACAAGUCUCGUCUCCAUCGUUCUGUCACUAUUGGUGUAGGGGAUGAGAAAGAUGACGAAGUCGGUACCACACAUUCUAUGACACCAUCACCUCAUCCGCUCAGUUCAAGCCAAUUUCGGAGUCGUGGGAUGUCUCAAAAGACCCGUUGGACAUCACGGAUUGCAAGGCUAAAAUCGCUUCAGCGAAGUCGAACAAUCGACACUCGCGUGAACACCGUGCAAUGGAAUCCCGGUUCCCUCCUUACCAGUCCGGACAUGGACUUAAAGUCAAAUGAUGCGAGACCGACUGAGUAUCAGCCACUGCAUGGUUCACUGAAUAAACUUCAAAAAUGGUUGCCAGACGAUGGUGAUUCAUUUGUACGCUUAUCCAAGCACCCUGAUUGUGGUCCCGGGAGCGUUGCUUCUAAAGAAGGACGUCUAGAUGCUGGAACACAGUAUUAUUCCCCAUCUUCGUCAAUGGAAAUGGAGCAAGCUCCUCCCACUGAGAUGGGUGCGAUGAACAGAAAGGCAAAAGUGUCUUUGAAUAUACCCGAUGCUGGGCGUCUUGCGACUCAGUCCAGUGACAUUGCUUCGGAAACUGCGGGGGCAUCUAUGCCAACUGAGGGUCAGAUUCCGUUAAAUGCGGCCGCGAUGGCAGACGGCUAUGUUGAGGAAUUGUGUGAUCCCAGCAAACAAAGCACCUCCAGUUAUCUGAAGGAGCAAUUCUUUGCCUUCUUUCAGCCUUCGGAUAAUAAGCUGGCCAUGAAGUUAUUCGGUAGCAAGAGCGCACUGAAUAAAGAGAAACGCAGACAGCAGCAACAUGGAAAGUGGAUUAUUCAUCCAUGCAGCAGUUUUCGGUAG